GCGCCAAAGAGGUGACAGUGACGGGGAGAGUCGCCGCUGAACUACAAGAAAAUUAAAAGACAAAAGGGAAAAAAAAAAAAAAAAAAAAAGGACAAGCAUCUUUUUGUCUUGAACGAGUUGAGUUUCCUUUCGUGAAGCUCCACUUUCUGCUGGCGGCGCCCCUUUGCUCCUGAGGCUGUGGUAUGAGCCUAUGUGGCAGGAAGGCGCUGACGUUGCUGAGCAGCGUGUUCGCCGUUUGCGGCCUGGGCCUGUUGGGCAUCGCCGUGAGCACCGACUACUGGCUCUACCUGGAGGAAGGUGUCAUCCUCCCACUCAACCAGAGCACCGAAAUACGCAUGUCCCUUCACUCGGGCCUAUGGAGGGUUUGUUUCUUGGCGGGGGAAGAGAAAGGUCGGUGUUUUACCAUUGAAUAUGUGAUGCCCACUAAAGUCCAGAUGACUUCUGAGUCUACAGUUAGUGUCCUGAAGAUGAUUCGCUCAGCCACACCUUUCCCCCUGGUCAGCCUCUUCUUCAUGUUCAUUGGUUUUGUCCUCAGCAACAUCGGCCACAUUCGACCUCAUCGCACCAUCCUGGCUUUUGUUUCUGGAAUCUUCUUCAUCCUGUCAGGUAUUCUACUCACCUGGAAAGAUCACACAGUCAGGAUUAUUUGGUGUACAUGCCUGAAGUGAAGUAUCAUAUAUCACCUUUACUUAGUCAGCUAGGUUCCAGCUCCCCCGUGAUUUUCCCAAAAUGAAAGCAAAAAUAUCGGGUUGCAAUGAAGAAAUGUGUCAUUUUAAAGCACAAGGCUUGCAAUAUUUACAGAAUCGUGCAAGUGUUCUGCUUGACGCUCAUCAUUACUGAAUCAUAUCAAGCACAUGAUGCAUACGUACACACUUUAUAGCUGAGCUCAAUUUCAAAUUAUGGUUUGAUUCUGGAAUGUUUCCCUUUUAGUGCACGGACAACCUCCUUGGUUCAUAAACCUUAAAAGGAGGCAUAUGAAAAUUGUUUUCUACAUUUAAAACAAUUCCUUGUGGUCUACAUAACAUUUACUGUAUUUUCUGGACCAUAGGGCGCACCGGAUUGUAGGGCGCACUGCCGAUGAGCGGGUCGAUUCGGGUCUAUUUUAUAAGGCGCCUUAAAGGUGUCAUGCCUGUUAAUCUGGUUUUAUGUUUGAUCAUGUUUUGUUUUGUUUUCUGGACUCUUCUUGCGUUUGCACUUCCUGGUUUUGUUUGUUGCCAUAGUAACUCAUUAGUUCCCACCUUGUCACGCCCUGUCCCUCUGCUCUCACACCUGUUACUAAAUACCACAGCCAGUAUUUAAGGAUUUUACUUUCUGUCCAUAAGUCUGGGAACUUUGCUUGCCUUCAUGCACACACGCUACCCUUGCUGCAUCUCCUUCAUGCCCUCGCCCAUAGAUCCGU